AUGCGCCACUUUGCUUACGGCUUGCCCAGCAUGGAAGCCAUCAGCAACGUAGCGCAUCGCAACCGGCUGACGAUGCAGAUGCUUUGUCCACCCGGUGGCUGUCCUCAGAACCUCUAUGUUGACGGCACGUCGUGGUACGUUCCAGGGGAUCCUUGGCGGAGGCGUCAUGAAGUGGAAGGAUAUCGACUUUCGCUCGGCAUCAUCUUUGGCAUCUGGGCAUACGAGCACAUCUUGACCUUUUGGUCAGAAGAACUACCCCGCUGGAAGUCUCUCUUCCAGGGCAAGAUCAUCCCCGUCAACAUCUUGACGCUUAUUUGUCGGUACUCGAGCGUUGCUGGAGCCGUGUCCGUCUGCGUCUAUGCGUGGAGAGAAACGCCCAACAAUUGUCAAUUCAUCCUCUCAUUCACCCUCGCCAACGUUGCCCUCAUUUGGUCGACCACCAGUAUCAUCUUCUUCCUGCGGAUAUGCGGUCUCUACCAGCUGCCCUCCGACAAGUGGAGGGUAAAAGCACCGAUGCUCGGUCUUCUCCUCGUCGUCACCGGUAUGUGGAUCACAUCGGCAGCUGGUUACAAGACGGUGCCGAUUCCCGAAAUCAUUCAGCAGCCGUACUACCCUGGCUGCGCACCAGCUCCAAGCCCCGAAUGGCGCAUCAUGGGCUGGGCAGCGUCAAUGGUCUUCGACACCCUGAUCCUCGUCUUUUCAGUGUACGCGGCGAAACACCGUCUGUUUACCGGCAGCACGCCAAUUCACGCCGGUCAAUUUGGCAUUGAAGGCAUUUCCAAGAUCCACGCUCGCAGUGCUGGACUCUCCCAUUUCAUCACUGUAUCGGCAUGGAUCGUCUUCACCAUCACGAUGAUCGGAAAUGCAGCUUGUUUCUUCACUCUCAUCUUCUCUCGGAACCUCAUCCUCAGCGUAAUUCCCAUUGCGCCGUUCGCAGCUCUCAGGACCAUGGUCACAUCUCGACUUGUUUACCACUCGCAUCUUUGGGCUGAGGGCAAGUCGGCGCUUCUCACCAUGCCGGCUCCCACCAUCGGUUCUGUACGGACAACCAGCGGCUUCGGCAUAGAGCAUCGGGACGUCAUCGGUCAGCUCUGGACCAUGCCACCUGCGGAGUCCAAUCAAAAGGCGCAAUGCAAUCCCUUACCACCAGCUCCAUACUCCAUCCCCUAUACUCAACAGAUAUUGAAGAGGUCCUCCUUUGAUAGCUCCAGCUCCAGAAGUCCACAAGUCGGCCCCGACAUUCGCUUACACGUGCGCAAUGAAAUUGCCAUGCAGCGUCAAUACUCUUCAGCGGACCCCGCCGCCAAGCAAUCCUCCAAAAAUUUCGAUGCGCCCUUCACGAGGAGAGGCAGCAACUUUUCCAGCGCCGAGACGCCGCCGCCGACGAGGCAUCAGUGGGAUCGUACGGAUGAAUCGACCAAUAUUGCGAUGCAUACGAGCCCCACCCGAUCCCCCUCUGCCCGAGAAGAUCUGGAAUCAGCAAGCUCUUCUUCUUCUCGCGCGGUGCACGGAUGGACGAGAAGCGAAAGCUGA